AUGUAAAAAUUCUUAACAAUCGCAUUACUUAUUCUCUGUAUCACAGCCAAAAAAUAUCACAAAUCAGAUGAGAAAGAACCUGAAAAAUAACCUGAGAAAUAGCCUGAAAAAGAGCCUGUUUAAGAUUCUAAUCCUAUGGUUUAAUGCCUUGAAAAAAACUGUAUGAAUGAGGCAUUUGGAUGUUUCUUCGAUGAGGAAUGUGCCAAAACUAUGGAUUCUUGUGAAAAAGAGUAUGGAGAUAAUAUUAGAAUAGAUGAGGUAACUAAUUAUAAUUAUUUCUUUAGCUUGUCAAAUGCUCAUCCGAUAAUAAAAUAGCUAUUGUUUUUUCUGAGUGUAUGGAAAAAAACUGUAACAAUUUAGGGAAGAUAAUGAGAUUUUUAAAUAGAAGAAACUGAGCAUUGUGAUGAUUUAAUUUUACAUAUAUCCAAAAUAGUCA